GGAGGGAGAAAUUUCUAUAUAACAAAAACUAAAAUAAAAUCAUUUCUUUUAAAAAAAAAAAUUAUGUUCCUUCUUUUCGCAGUGGAACUUUAUUUUAUUUGAACAUAUAUAUAAAAACAACUGGUCACAAAUUCAUGCUUGAGGAUUAAUUGUUGGAUUUCUCCACAUUUUUCCGGAUUUUAUUACUUUGGAUCUCCUGCUUUAAGCAGACCGCAGGUUUGUGUUUGUGUUCAUCAUGAAGCUGCCGGGGAUAUUUUUGUUAUUGAUGCUUUGGACCUGCGAGGCUGCGAGAGUCGCAGAGAGUCGAGACGACAAUAGCGUGUAUGACUUGUUUGAGCUCGUCAAAGUCCCCAGCAAGAACCACGGGGUGACCCUGGUGAAAGGAGACGACCCGUACAGCCCCGCCUACAAGAUCCUCAACCCGGACCUGAUCCCCCCGGUCCCCGAGAACUCCUUUAGGGACCUGAUCGAUUCCAUACAUGCCGAGCGGGGUUUCCUCCUACUGCUCAACUUUAAGCAGUUCAGACGCACCAGGGGAAGCCUCCUGACUGUGGAGAAGAAGGAUGGAUCCGGACCCGUGUUUGAGAUCGUCUCAAACGGCAAAGCGAACACCUUGGACAUUGUUUUCUCCACCGAGAACAAGCAGCAGGUGGUUUCCAUCGAAGAUGUGGGUCUGGCUACGGGUCAGUGGAAGAAUAUCACGCUGUUCGUGCAGGAGGACUGGGCAAAGCUGUACGUGGGAUGCGAUGAGGUGAACACCGCCGAACUGGAUGCGCCAAUUCAGAGCAUCCUGACGCAGGAGACUCCGGCCAGCGCGCAGCUCAGGGUUGGCAAGGGAGCCGUGAAGGACAAGUUCACGGGGGUCCUACAAAACGUGCGGUUUGUGUUUGGAACGACUCUGGAAGCGAUUCUACGCAACAAAGGAUGCCAAAGCGCCAUGACUGACACCAUGGUCCUGAGGAACCUCAAUGGCUCCUCAGCCAUCAGAACUGAGUACAGUGGCCAUAAGACUAAAGACCUGCAGAUGGUGUGUGGCUUCUCCUGCGAGGACCUGCUCAGUAUGUUUAAAGAGCUGAAGGGUCUUGGUGUGGUAGUCAAGGAGCUGUCCACUGAACUCCGCAAGCUGACGGAUGAAAACAAGCUGAUUAAAUCCCGCAUUGGAAUUCACAGUGGUGUCUGUAUCCACAAUGGCAUCGUUCGCAAGAACAGAGACGAGUGGACCGUGGAUGACUGCACUGAGUGCACUUGUCAGAACUCUGCUACUGUGUGUCGCAAGAUCUCCUGCCCCCUGAUCCCCUGUGCUAAUGCUACUGUUCCCGAUGGAGAGUGCUGCCCACGCUGUGGAACACCGAGCGACUAUGCAGAGGACGGCUGGUCGCCGUGGUCUGAAUGGACCCAUUGUUCCGUGUCAUGUGGGCGUGGCAUCCAGCAGCGUGGGCGCUCUUGCGACCGUAUCAAUAACAACUGUGAGGGCACCUCUGUGCAAACCCGAGACUGUUACCUCCAGGAGUGUGACAAGCGCUUCAAGCAGGACGGCAGCUGGAGCCACUGGUCACCAUGGUCAUCGUGCUCGGUCACCUGUGGUGCUGGUGUCAUCACCCGAAUCCGCCUCUGCAACUCCCCAACUCCUCAGCUAGGAGGCAAGGACUGUGUUGGAGAAGGCCGGCAAACUGAAACGUGUACAAAGUCCCCGUGUCCCAUCAAUGGCAACUGGGGUCCCUGGUCUCCCUGGGAUUCAUGCAGUCUCACCUGCGGAGGUGGUCAACAGACCCGGAAACGCCUGUGCAAUAAUCCUGCACCACAGUAUGGCGGUAAAGAGUGUGUCGGUGAAGCCAAGGACAUCCAGAGGUGCAACAAGACCCCCUGCCCAAUCGAUGGAUGUCUGUCCAACCCUUGCUUUGCUGGUGCCAAGUGCACAAGUUUUCCCGAUGGUUCCUGGAAGUGUGGGAAGUGCCCAGCAGGAUACACUGGCAAUGGGAUCAAGUGUAAAGAUAUCGAUGAGUGCAAAGAGGUUCCUGAUGCAUGCUUUGAGUUUAAUGGGGUGCACCGCUGCGAGAACACCGUUCCAGGCUAUAACUGUUUGCCCUGCCCACCUCGUUACUCAGGACCCCAGCCGUUUGGCCAUGGUGUGGAGCAGGCUGCUGCUAAUAAGCAGGUAUGCUCACCCCGUAAUCCCUGCCUUGAUGGAAGCCAUGACUGUAACAAAAACGCCCGCUGUAACUAUCUUGGACACUUUGCUGACCCCAUGUUCCGAUGUGAGUGCAAACCUGGUUAUGCUGGCAAUGGCCAUAUCUGCGGAGAGGACACAGAUCUGGAUGGAUGGCCCAAUUCAGAUUUGGUGUGUGUGGAAAACGCCACCUACCACUGCAAAAAAGACAACUGUCCCAACCUCCCGAACUCAGGGCAAGAAGAUUAUGAUAAGGAUGGCAUUGGAGAUGCUUGUGACAAUGAUGAUGACAACGAUGGUAUUCCUGAUGAUCGGGACAACUGUCCUUUCGUGUACAAUCCCAGGCAGUAUGACUAUGACCGUGAUGAUGUGGGUGACGGCUGCGACAACUGCCCCUACAGUAGCAACCCAGACCAGACAGACACCGACAACAACGGAGAGGGAGAUGCCUGUGCAGUGGACAUUGAUGGAGAUGGCAUACUGAAUGAGAAGGACAACUGUCCCUAUGUGUACAAUGUUGACCAGAGAGACACAGAUCUGGAUGGAGUGGGAGACAUGUGUGAUAACUGCCCACUAGAACAUAAUCCUGAUCAGUUGGAUUCAGAUGAUGACCGCGUGGGAGACAAGUGCGACAGCAAUCAGGACAUUGAUGAGGAUGGACACCAGAACAACCUGGACAACUGCCCGUAUAUUCCCAACGCCAACCAGGCUGACCAUGACAAGGAUGGCAAAGGUGACGCCUGUGACCAUGAUGACGACAACGAUGGCAUCCCUGAUGAUAAAGACAACUGCAGGCUGGCGUUCAAUCCUGAUCAGCUGGACUCUGAUGGUGAUGGCCGUGGAGAUGCUUGCAAAGAUGACUUUGAUCAGGACAAUGUGCCUGACAUCUAUGACGUGUGUCCCGAGAACUUUGACAUCAGUGAGACAGACUUCCGCAAGUUCCAGAUGGUUCCUUUGGAUCCAAAAGGCACCUCCCAGAUUGAUCCUAACUGGGUUGUCCGCCACCAGGGCAAAGAGCUGGUUCAAACUGUUAACUGUGACCCUGGCAUUGCUGUUGGCUACCAUGAGUUCAAUGCAGUGGACUUCAGUGGGACUUUCUUCAUCAACACUGACAGGGAUGAUGACUAUGCCGGCUUUGUGUUUGGCUACCAGUCCAGUUCCAGGUUCUAUGUGGUGAUGUGGAAGCAAAUCACACAGACCUACUGGUCACAUAAGCCAACUAAGGCGCAAGGUUACUCUGGCCUGUCUAUCAAAGUGGUUAAUUCCACCACCGGCCCAGGAGAGCACCUCAGAAAUGCCCUCUGGCACACAGGCAACACCCCAGGACAGGUUCGCACUCUCUGGCAUGACCCAAAGAACAUUGGAUGGAAAGACUUCACUGCCUACAGAUGGCAUCUGAUCCACAGACCGAGAACAGGACACAUUCGAGUUGUCAUGUAUGAGGGUAAGAAGAUCAUGGCUGAUUCUGGUAGCAUCUAUGACAAGACAUAUGCAGGUGGCAGGCUAGGUCUUUUUGUCUUUUCACAAGAGAUGGUAUACUUCUCAGACCUCAAGUAUGAAUGCAGAGAUGCAUAAAUGUACGGCGCAGGAAGCUCUGAGGAAUGCACCUUUUUGUAUAAAGUAUGAACUUCUAUAUUCUCAUGCAAAGUCCAGGGACCGAUUUAUUGCCGCAACUCUUUCUUUUUGGGCAUGCUCACUCAGACUGGGCGAAGGGCAUAUGGUUAGCCUCAGGGUAACUUGAAGCCGGUUUGGGAAGAAAACCAACCAGCUGAAUGCCAGUUGAGGAUCAGAGAGCCCCUUCUCCACCACCAUCCUUAACAUCUAUAAGAGCAGGGAGAGGUGAAAAAACCCCAACAAAGCCUGUAGGUCACCAACACCUUUCUAUCCCCGCUCUGACUGCUUUACCCGCUCUCUGAAAGACCUCAUUCAUCUCUGUACAGGAAUGGCUCCUCAUAAACAACUAUGCACUUCCAAGUCUUUAAGUCUCUCUCUCUCUUUCCGUCUCACCUCUUCAGCCUUUUCUGCCUCACUUUCUAGAUGGACUUCCCAAAGAAAUAAAGAAGAAUAUUUCCUUUGCCUUACCAGUCUGACCAGGAUGUAGAUCCUGGACGAUACAACUUAUGCGGACUCAAAAAAUAAAGAUGACAUUUUGUAGGAAUUUUUGUUGUUAAUGAUUUAAGAAAACUGUUGAGAGGGGAGUAAGUUAGAAAUAAGGGGAAUGUGAUGCUGUGGAUAAAUGUUUGCAUGCAUGAACAGAAUGUAUGUGGAAGACUAACCAUGAAUUGAACAAGAAAGUUCUUUCAUCUUCUACCCCAGAAUCUCUGUAGAGAAGAACUAUGAACUGUGUUUGUCUCAAUUUGAAUACUUCCAAGAGCAGAGUUCCAAGUAGCACAGUAUGUAUACUGCAUACUUAAGUAAUGCCUGAAUUCAGACAAAGUUGUCUCAAACUGAACAUGCUAAAACAUGUUC